CUUAGAUAUACCAUGCAUUAUAUGUUCCAACAAAGAAACGAACUUCAUUCCCCAAGCUGGAAGGCAUGUGUCCCCCACUGAUUCCUGAGGCAGCCAUGGAAGAUCCCCUCUUCCGAUGACCAAUCAGGUAACAGUGACGUACCUCAUUGGUCCCUCGAUUGUUGUUCUUCAGCUUUCUCGGAGAUGAACUAAGCAUCAUCUCGCAUAUCUUGCACUCCAUUCACUCGGAUUCCCCUUAUUUAGUUCCUCCUUCAAAUAUUCUGGUCUCAUCACAAAUUCACCCGCGCUUUUACUGAAACUAGCUGAUAACGCUACAAGCUGCUGGGUUUUUAAAUAUACCGUCAGCAUGGAGCGUAAUCCCACCAUUCAAGAUGAGGACGUCUCUCAGUUUUGUGCUAUGACCGGAGUACGUCCUGAGCAUGCACAGGAGUACCUCGCAGCCAAUGGAGGGGAUCUUGAGGCCGCGGUGACUGAAUUCUUUGCCGAACAGGAUGAAGCUUUACAGGAGGGAAACACAGGCGCUGGCCAGACUCUUGGAGAAAGCGAAUCUGCGCCGUCCGCAGGCCAGUCCCUAGGUGGCAGCUCCUCUCAGUCACCAUCCUUUACCCCGCAACCAUCCUCCACAUCACGCAAAUCCGCCCCGAAAAAGAAGUUCGCGACACUGGGUGAUUUCUCCUCCGGUGGCGGCGAUGACUCGGAGGAGGAAGAUGACGCAGUGAACCAGGAUUUGUUUGCUGGUGGUGAAAAGUCUGGACUAGCUGUGCAGAACCCUGAUGAUAUCAAGAAGAAGAUCAUCGAAAAAGCAAGACGGUCUCAAGUCCCAGCAUCUGAUGACUCGGAACCCCGACGGUCCUUCUUUACAGGUCCCGCUCGUACUCUCGGCGGCGAUGACACUCCCAGUCGGGUCAUCGACGUUCCUAACGAACCUGCCGCGCGACUACCACAGCGCGUUCAGCGGACACUACACUUCUGGGCUGAUGGGUUCUCUGUGGACGACGGUGAUCUUUACCACUCUGAUGACCCCCGAAACGCGGAAAUUCUCGAUGGUAUUCGCCAGGGUCGCGCUCCCCUUUCCAUCAUGAAUGUGCAACCGGGUCAAGAGGUCGAUGUGGAGAUCAAACAGCAUGAGGAGAAAUACGUGAAACCAAAACCAAAAUACAAGCCCUUCGCUGGUCCUGGACAACGUCUCGGAAGCCCGACCCCGGGUGUGAGAACGCCAACUCCUCCGACUGCCCCUGCUGCCGGCCAGAUCAACUCAGAGCCUGCCAAGCCUAGUGUGGAUGAAUCGCAGCCGAUUAUCACCCUUCAGGUUCGUCUUGGUGACGGAACACGCCUGACGUCCCGAUUCAACACCACGCAUACCAUCGGGGAUGUCUAUCAGUUUGUCUCUGCUGCCAGUUCGGAUAGCCAGAGCCGUCCCUGGGUGCUGAUGACCACAUUCCCAAGUAAAGAGCUUACUGACAAGACGGCUGCCCUUGGAGAUCUGGCCGAGUUUAAGCGAGGAGGUGUCGUGAUACAGAAAUGGCAAUGAAGAGUUGGCACAUGGUCCACCAUUAUAGACUACACAGGUUGGGUGGGGCGGGCUCGAUUGUUUUCAAAAGUCUGAAGCCGAGGGUCGAGAACAUUACAGUUUUCUACCAGAAUCGAAGUUGUUGGAUGAUUCAUGAUAGCAAGCAAUUUAGACCAUUGACUUGUCUCCCGAGAGCACUAAUGAAACAUGAAAGAUGCCAUGUUGAGUAAUGACCGAGACUGACG